AUGUGUUUAUACCGCGCUAAAUGUUGUUUUACAAAGUACGAUGAUAAAGAGACGAAAAAGAUAUACAGAAGAUACUUUCCUGUACCAUUUUGUAUACUUUUUACUCUUAAUCUUCAUAUUCAUGUAAGUUAUAGGUAUCAAAAAGUAAAUUACCCGAUUUUGCAUUGGAAUAGAGGAUUUUUCGAAAUUUAUUUGUUACUUACAUUACUAUUAGCAUGAUAAAACAAUUUUUAUUCUAAAAAUUUCGUUUUUUAAAUUUUUAGCCUGCCACGUUUUACAUAACAAUAGCCGAUGUUAUCAUGUACUCCACCGUCUUAUAUAAACGUUGCCAGAAAUAUAAUGGGCAACUGAACUGGUUUAUACAAUUCGCAACAACAGUAGCCUUGAUCAUAGCUUCCAUUCAGGUUAUAAUUGGCAAUCGCCUGCGGCAACGAAGGUUUUAUUUAUUUUACCUUCUGGUUCAGGUAGGAUAACAUGAUAUAAAGCCCUAUAUCUUUGUUCUCAGAUACGCUACGAAGUCUUUCUUUUAUUAUGUCGAAAAGAAGCCUAUGCAUUACAUUUUGAUAUAAAAAGUUUAUCAAAAAAUGGCAAUACAACCUUUCAGAAAGCCCUGAUCUACAGUGCCUUCUUCAAUAUCUUUAUAAGCUACACGAGCGCGGUAAUACACAUCUAUACGGCAAAGAAUAUGGUCGAUAAAUUUUUUAAAGUCUACUUUACAAUUCUAGAAAUAUUUAUUGUAUUAUGCGUGUUUGUUUACAACAAAAGUCGACGAGGAACCAUCCAGAAGGACUAUGAAUACCUAUGUAAUAAGAAAGAAGCAAUUGUCACGAAAUUGUAA